UUAAAGUAUUUUUUUGUGAAAAUAUUGCAUGAUUUGCUAUUGUAAAGUAUUAACUUUUUAUCUUGGUACAUUCGCUCACAUGACGCGUAAUAUUUCCAUUUUCCACAUAAUAAUAAAUCGAUAGUCAUCAGCAUUUUUAGGCAGUUUUUAAAUGUCAUGUACAAUAUUCAGACAAGUCUAGAUAAAAUAUCGACAGUAAGUCCAUUACCAUUAGGUUUCACGGCAUUAUAAGCGAAAGUCAAUAGUGUUUUUUUUCAUUGUUUAACGACAAUGGCUCCAAUUAAGUUGUAUUAUUACCCUGUAAGUGGUCCUGCCAGGAGCUAUCCUGGCAACCAACGCUAGUUGAUGGCUGCAAGAUUAGUUGGAGUACCUAUACAAUUAGAAAUAGUGGAUUUAAUGAAGAAAGAGCAAUAUAGUGAGGCUUAUUUGAAAAUAAACCCACAACACUGCGUACCCACUCUUGAUGAUGAUGGUUUUAUACUUUCGGAGAGUCGCGCUAUAGCAUGUUAUUUAGCGGAUAAAUAUGGAACCGAUGACACGAUUUAUCCUAAAGAUCUUAAAAAACGCGCCAUAGUCAACCAGCGUCUUUAUUUUGAAUGCUCAACUUUACUUGUAAAAAUACGAGCUAUAGGUUAUCCAAUAAUAAUUAAUAUUGAAACGGAAAUAAAAGACAACCUUCGAGAUGACUUGAACGCAUCUUUGUCCAUUUUGGACAAAUAUUUGGCGGACAGCGAAUGGGUGGCCGGUGAACAUGUAACUAUCGCGGAUACAACGAUAUUUGCCUCCGUAUCUGGAAUAUUCGAAACGGGUUGGGAUUUGUCGUCUUUUCCGAAUAUCCAACGAUGGCUUAAAAACUGUUCAAAUUUGCCUGGUUACGAAGAGAUUAAAGAAGGAGCCAAAUUCUAUGGAGAUCUUGUGAAGAGAAAUCUAAAGCAGUGAAGCUUUGUAUUGUUGUUACAGAUUGAAUUGUUUUGUUUUUUUUUUAUAUUAAAUGUAUCGAAAGAUUUAAAA